AUAUAGCAUCAAACCAAGUGCAAAGCUCCAGGGCUUCACUGUCUCCUGGUUUCAUGGAUUCCAUGGAAACUGCGGCAACCGCUCCACAACCAACGGAGCCAACACCACCUUCAACUUCAACUGUUCCUUCAUCGUCAUCUACAAUAGCUUCCGCGACAGAACCUGUACCUUCACCUUCCCCGAAUCCCAACCCUAACCCUAAUCCGAACCCUAACCAAAACCAAAAUACUCAGCCAUCGACUUCUUUCCAGCAGCCACAACAGGCACAGCAACCGCAACCGCAACCGCAGCAGCAGCCGAAUCACCAACAUUCUCAAACUCGGGCUCCUGGCAUUCCUCUGAACCGGCUUCGACCGCAACCGCCUUACCCGAAUUUCGCGCAUCUCUCAUCUCUGACUUCAUCGACAACCUCAGCUCCCUUGCCUCCGUCCAUAUCAUCGCCUGCUUCGCCUUCCAUUUCCACACCACCCAUUCAGAGAGGUGGUAUUGCAAUUGGGGUUCCCGCGCAUGCUAGGCCCCCUCAGCAACACACGUUUUUCAAUCCACCAUUUACUGGUUUGCCUCGGGGUUCAGUCAAUGUAUCUGACCCAAGCCCAAGUACUAAUACGACCAACGCUACCACGGUAAGACCGCAGAUGCAUGGGGUUCAGGGUAUGGGGAUGGUGGGUUCUCAUGGUCCUGGUUCUCAAUUGCGGCCAGGUGGGGUUUCUGGACAUCCUCAACAGAGACCUGUUCAACCAUCAAUAAGAUCUCAAUCUCCAUCCAGUAGCCAGUCUUUAUCUAGUCAAAAGCUUCAAGGCCACAGUCUACUAAGAGUUUCAUCUAUGGGUUCUCCUGGUUCUCCUUCGCCGGGUACACCACAAAGUUCCCAAAACCCUUCACAACCAUGGAUUUCAGCGGGGCAACAGGGGAAGCAAACACAACCAUCUUUAUCAUCUUCUUCAUACAGGCCACAGAUGAAGCCACCACAAUCUUUGCAGCAAAGAUCUCACAUUCCUCAACAACAGCUUCAUUCUUUACCAAUGCCUUCCCACCAACAGCAGUUGCCAUCUGCCCAGCAGCAGCAACAACCAUCACCUUCACAACAGUCACAAGAGCACUAUGUACAACAAUAUCCACCACCAAGGGUUCCCCAGUCUCUGCCUCAUCAACAUCAGGUUACACGGGGUCAAGGAUUAGGAAACCAGAAAUCAACCUCUCUUACAACGGUACAACCUACAAAUGUGCAGUCAGGGACCCAAAAUGCUACGGCUAGUGCAGAUGCUGGUGAGUGUGGCAAUCAGAUCCUCAGUAAGAGAAGCAUACAUGAAUUAGUCUCUCAGAUUGAUCCAUCUGAAAGGUUAGAUCCUGAAGUUGAAGACAUUCUUGUGGAGAUUGCAGAUGAAUUCGUUGACAGUAUAACAACAUUUGCUUGUUCAUUGGCCAAGCAUCGUAAAUCAACUACGUUAGAAGCAAAGGAUGUACUUCUGCAUUUAGAAAGAAAUUGGAAUAUAACACUUCCUGGGUUUGGUGGAGAUGAGAUCAAGAGCUACAAGAAGCCGUAUACAGCUGAUAUUCACAAGGAGCGGCUUGCAGCAAUUAAGAAAUCGAUUGUAGGAGUUGAGGCAGUAAAUACAAAGAGCUCUGCCGGACAAGCUGCUGGAAACCUGAAAGGUCAUGCGGCAAAGGCACCUGUUAUUGGUUCCCCCAAGACUAGUGAAGUGCCUUAGAGUUAACUAGGCAUCUUUUGAGAGUGUCCUAUGGGGGGAUGAUCUUCAUUACAGAAGGUUUGUACGAAGUUCAUAUGCAGCAGCACUAUGUUUUACAAGUCACAUGCAUGCUACCCCAAAUGGAGACACUGGGAUCUUUCAUGAAAGGUGAACCUCCGUAGGAGUGGAAGGUAAUGACCCUGAUGGCAUGGCGAGGGGAGCCCAAAUUUUGAUUACAGGGAUUGGUGCCCAGUUUUUUGAAAAAAUGGGAUAAAAUUUAGCGUGAAUUUUGUAAAUACUGAUACUCAUGUGAGUCUGAAUUAAUCUUGCAGACUAAAGAAGAAUUCAAUUGUAGAUUAGGGUUAGUAAGCUGGAAUCUUGCAAACCCAUCGUAGAAA